AUGGCUGCUAUGCACAUAUCUGCUGGAGCUCCAGCUGCUUCUCGUCAGACAGAGGACUGGCUCGAUGACGAUGAAGGUCAAAGUCUUCCUGCCUCCACCACAGUUGUUCAGGCUGAUGGAACACAUGUUGUUACCACCUACUCUUUUAAUGAUGACGGCAAAAAGGUCAAGACUGUCAAACGGAUUCGAAUGAAGCUAGUCAAGGCCAAAGUAAACCAUGCUGUUGCAGAGAGAAAGAAAUGGAAAAAGUUUGGAGAAAGUGCUGGGCUUCCAGCUGGUCCUGAUCCAGGAUCUACUUCUCUUGGUGAAAAGGUUUUCCUUAAACUAUCCAUGACCUCUAAAGACUUUGACAGUGCUGAACAAGAAAAGAAAACAGUCAAGCCUGUUGGCUCAUUAACGAUCAACUGCCGUAUCUGUAAGGGUGAUCAUUAUACAACUCGUUGUCCAUAUAAAGACACGUUCAAGCCAAUCAAUGAAAUAACUGCUCCAGCUGCUACUACACAGAAUAUGCCAGACAAGUACAUUCCUCCAUCCCAACGUAAUCGUUCUUCAGGGGGACCUGAAUCUAUAGGAACCGGCACACGCAUGGAUGGUCGAAAAGAUGAUACCGACACUGUUCGUAUGUCCAAUCUUUCAGAAGAUGCUACUGAGCAAGAUGUCAGAGAUCUUGUUGCUAAAUACGGAACUCCAGCUCGUGUACGUGUUGUCACAGACUACAAUACUCACCGGUGCAAAGGCUUUGCAUUUAUUAGCUUUUAUGACAGAUCAACUGCAGAAAGAGUUAUUCAAAAACUCGAUGGCCAUCCAUAUGAUAAUCUCAUUCUUUCUGUUGAUUGGUCAAAGAACUAGGUUUAAAAAUCAAUAAAACAAGGACUCGAACGUUUU